AUGGUUUGGGUAGCUGCUGGGGAGGCAGGCGAGCACAACACCAGAGCGUCUAAUCAAAAUGACGCCAACAACGGCCUCAAUACUGUUAAUGGCGUGAGAAGCUGCAAGCUUGAAAAUGGCUCACCAAAAACCAAUACCGAGUGCAGAUCAGCUUCACCGAAGACUGGCGCUAGCAAUGCGGCAGAAGUUGGACCUGCUGUGCUGCCUAGUUGCUUGCACAGUUGUGCAACAAAUGGCAAUCCACCAGCAUUGGUGCGAUUACCAAUUGCGAAUGCAGCCUGCUUGCAUCCCAAGAUUGAGUCGAUAUCCGACGGUGAUCUAUCGGAUUUUUCACUCAACGAUACUGAAGAGGACGAGGAAGAAUUUCGCAGCUGCGUGCUCUCGAACGGCAGUCAGGGUGAUGCCUCGCGUUCUCAGUCUACUUCGCCAACCAACAUGAACAUACUCCAGCCACCGCGUCAGACCAACUCUCCGCCGAAUAGCAGCAAUAUUUUGAAGAAUGGCCAACCAGUGCGGAAAGUUUUCACCAACACACGCGAACGUUGGCGUCAGCAAAAUGUCUCUGGCGCUUUUGCCGAGCUGCGCAAGCUGGUGCCCACACAUCCGCCAGACAAGAAGCUCUCCAAAAAUGAAAUACUUCGCAUGGCCAUUAAAUAUAUCAAACUCCUAACAGGUGUUUUGGAUUGGCAAAAGCAGCAAGAGGCACACCAGCUGCAGCAACAGCAACAACAGCAGUCGAACGGUGGUGGCAAUUGCCGCGAAGGUCUUGACAACAGUGAGCUAAACAACAACGACAAGCAUAGAGUAAAUGGACAUCAUGCAUCAGCCGAUGCAAUGUCACCACUGCACCAGUUUCCCAUCAAACAAUUCCAGGUGAAGUGCGAGCGUGAUGAUGUCGCUUUGGUGGGUGCUUCACCGCGCAACAAUAGUCUGCUGAUGAUUGCGCCCAGUACAUUGGUCAGGGGCCCUAUUAAAAUGGAUUUGCCUGCUACCAGCAAGAAGUUGUUUAUUGGGAGGCCCCCACGGAUAUUUAGUACAGCCCGGUUUGCUAAACGGAAGUCGAAUUCGAGUAAUAAAUCAACUGUCGAUGUGACAAGUGAAAAUGUUAAUAUUAAGAAAAGAAAGGAGAACUAAGUUGGAGGAGAUGUUGCAUUAAAAAGCAUAACAGUUGUACAAUUCGCAAUUAAUUUACUUUGUACGCUUUGUUCUGAGAGACAUCUAAUAGAAAA